AUGAAUAGCUGGUUGGGUUCAAAUCGUGCAGGUGUUGAGCAGCCAGUGAGCAACCAUUACUCGGGCUGGUCCUCAACAGCUGCGAGUCCCGGCAAUCAACUAUCGCCAGGUCGUCGAGAACAUGCUGUACAGCCGCCAUUGUUGACAACAGCACUGAGUGGUCCUCAGUACCAGGGCCUUGGACUGACACCGACGCCUUUAUCGUCAACAUCGUUGUCGAGCCCGUUUACUCACGGUCAAUCACCUUGCGUUCCAUCUCCUAUAAACAGCAGAUCUGUCUCGUCUUCUUCAAUGGCGUCCAGAAAUGCGUACAAUGUACCUUAUAAUCCCCAGGAUUGGGGGCCUCCGGGCAGGUCCCAGGCGCAGGCUCCAUAUCUUCAGCCAGGCACUAUGCAUCGCAUGACACAGAGGAAUAAUCCAGAUGUAUCAUUAUCACCGCCUCCUCCACCAUAUUCACCCCCCAGCAACCAAAACCGUAUAUCCCAGGUCCCUGGUCAGCCGAAUCCUAACUUUACCACCACGCCUUCUCCGCCUGAUAAUAGGGAAGGGGCUUUUGAGAUGCCUGUACAGUAUCAAAGACGCUCAAACCGACCACGGCCAUUAUCUAUGGCUUACCCAUCUGACUCGGGAUCUCAGUGCCAGUCGCUGCCUCCUCCGCCUCCUCCACAGGGUAGAUCUGUUUCCCAGAGCAGAGUUGAGUAUCAGGGCAUGCCCUAUAAUGACCAAUCCACGCAAUAUAAUGCUUCAACGAAUCACAGGCCUACCUUGUCAUAUUAUGAACAGGGUCAAUCCUCAUCCGGAUUCUCAGAGCACAUGUCUGCAACACCUGCCCACUUAGAGACUCUCUCCCGCCCACCUGCAUCUCGAAGAGCUGCAUCUGCUGGAGCUGUUAUAAGCAGUGCAGGUUCAUCAAGGACGACGAGUCAUUCGAGAACACGAUCGCCGUCAAAUAGUAACUGGGAGCCUGGGAUGCCACUUCCCCCACCACCACCAGGUCCUCCUCCCACUGCGAGGUCUGUUAGCGUGAGUGGCUCAUCGGAGUCCUCUAUGAGAACACCACAGGGAUCGGCCAGGACGGCGAGAAGGGUACCUCCCGUACUAGGAACAGGACUGGGAAGUAUCCCACCUACGCCAGCUGACUGGAUAGACGAGGGAUACUUGAACAGUCGACCAACAGAGAAUCUUUCCGUUGAUACGGCAAAAGCGGCUAAAGCACCAGAGCCAACGGACCAAGAUUCGUCUAAUCAAAAAACUCCUGGCAGUGGUGGUCUGUUCCGCAGCUCAGCGGUACGCGAUCCAAGCGCCAAGGGCAUCCGUGAAAGGCGGAUUGAGCGACGCAAUCGGCAAAGCCAAGUCUUCGAACCUCCCAGUGCAAUAUCCGCAACUGGAAAUCCUUGGGCUGAUGCUCUCGAGCAAAUCAAACCAUCGAAUCUCGUUCUACCAGAGAACAACCCAGACCAAGAUCGGCAUCCAACGUACACCCAAGCCCCGCUCAGUACCCGCAGCACUAGGUCAGAAGGACAACAUACUGCCUCACGGUCUCGAGCAUCCUCCAAUGGUAUCUUGCCAGAACAAUCGCCGUACCCAACUCCAAGACAGCAGCCCAGUUCUGCCGGUCCCUCGGCUACUACGUUUGCACACACGCCUCCAUUUUCGCCAAAUCCAAAUGGAGCGAGCUCUGCGGCGUAUUCUAAGGAGGCCAGCCAAGCAGUGCCACCAAAAGCACUACCAACCCCGCCUCUAAAUUCAGGAAAAGAUACCCGGCCACGGUCACGCUCUCGUGCUCCCUCUCGAGGAACGGAAGACCGUCCACUCUCUCACAUUCUUCAUAUGCCCAAUGAAGCGGUCUCAAUGAUGAAACCCUUGUCACCACGUCGAACGCCAGGUCAGCAACCGCUGCAGGUAUCAAUGGAAUCAGUCCUUAGACAGGAUCCUGCUUUCCUUCAGGAUGCCAUCCAAAGACACAAGUCCUUUAUUGAGAAGGAAGCUAGCGCUCAUGAUGAGACAGAAGCCUUGAAACUAUUCGCGGACUAUAUGCUUGCCGAAUCUCAGAUUCGGCGCCAGCGGUACUCCAAGGUCUGGGAAUCUUUCCAAGUUGAGGAUGUGCGCCGCAACCUCUUCGAGUUGCCUCCCAAGCAAGCACCACAGCCUAAACCACAGCCUAAACCUCAGCCAAAACUAGAUAUCCCACAGAAUCGAGCAGGUCGACCCGAAUCUGCGUGGUGGAACAAUUAUCAGCCUUGCCUGUCACCCAUUGCCAGCCUGAAUAUGAGCAACGAUGAGAGCUCGCGAGGUCGUGCCCCCAGCCGCUGGUGGGAGUCUGGAACCGGUUCCAGUGGUGAGGGGCCCGAAAGAAGACUCCAACGAUCGAAGCGAGAAUCAAAGUAUAUGGGCCUGCCUCGGGAGGCCAUGCAGUGGGACCAGGAGCUGACUCCUUCUCAGCCUAAAGAUGUGAGCAUGAACUACGGAAAUACAAAUGGACCUGAUGAGUACCCACCCGAGAAAGUCGGUUGGCAUGCGGGCUCUUCACCUGCAAAUUCUACCGGGACUGGGUAUCGCUAUGAAAGCCGCGAUUUGGACAUCUCGCGGUUAAUCACCCUACCCCCACCUUAUCCCCGCCACCACCCUGCUGUGAAUAACAGUCAUCCCGAAUUGGUCACCCAUCGAACUACUGUACGGUCGAUCACCGAUCUCGCCGAGAUAAAGACCACUAGGCAUCGGUAUAGGGCUGAUGUGGAGCGAAUGCUUCAAGAGUACAAGCAACAAGUCGACGAGGGUUAUCGCCAAUUCCGGUCCAACAUUCAAAGCCAAAUUCAAGAGGGUAGCCUCACCUUUGCAGAGGCCGCAGAGGCAGAAGCAGCGAUGAUCGUCGCGGAGAAUGAAAGAGAACGAGUAAUGGUUAAACGUCAACUUGACACCUACCAGGAGACCGUGCUCAAACCAAUGAAUGCUAUUCUCGUGGACAGAAUCGGCAGGGCAACAGCCUGCAUCGACCAGCUAAGCAGUAUGCUUUCUGACGAUGCACAAAGCGGAACACCCGAUCAAACUCAGGAAGAAGGCGAUGAGAAGCCGGAGCUUCUGGAGAAAUUGACCCAACUAAAAUGGCUCUUCGAAGCGCGUGAGCAGCUCCACCGCGAGUCAUUCGACCUAAUCAGCGACCGCGAUGAUAAAUACAAAGCUGUCGCGUUGCUGCCCUACAAGCAGGCCAAAAACGAAGACAAGCUGCGAGAAACGCAAGCGUUUUUCAGCCAGGACUCGCUGGACCGGCGCGUACAGUACGAGAACGAGGCGCUGGGUCGACUCGAAUCCUUCCUGAAUGUCAUCGAGCAGAAUGUCAUGCGCGGUGUAGAAGUGCAGUUAUCAGCAUUCUGGGAUAUCGCCCCAUCUUUACUGGCGCUUGUGCAACAGGUGCCUGAAGACCUACGCGGGUUCCAGGUGCAGAUACCCGCGGAUGAAUACAAAGAAAACCCAAGCUAUCAUGAGCAUCCGCUGCAGUAUCUAUAUACGCUACUAUCACAUGCGGAGAAAUCGAGCUAUCAGUUCAUCGAGUCGCAGACGAAUCUGCUUUGUCUCUUGCACGAGGUGCGGUCUGCUGUUAUGCGGGCUAACCAAAAGCUGGUAGAGGCGCAACGCAUCAAGCGCGGAGAGACAGAGGAAGAUGUGCGUCGGGAGAUGCAGGAGACUCGCGCAGAUGAAGAAUUGGCUCUUACGACCGAUCUUAAAGAUAAGGUUGCUACUGUUGAGGGUCAAUGGACCGAGGCACUGGGGAGCCAGAUUGAAGGAUUGAGGGAACGGGUGAAAGAACAGCUUGUCAGCGACGAUGGCUGGGAAGAAUUGGAACAAUUGGAGGAGUAA